AUGACUACUUGCGUUUUUGGUUUCGAUCGCCCAGAACCAAUAUAUUAUAGUGGAGAAACGGUGUAUGGUCGUGUUGACUUACAUACCGAAAAUGACGAAUUCGUUGCAGAAGUCUACAUAUCGUUCAAAGGUGCAUCUACAGUGUUUUUUGAAGAACGUAGAUCACGCAAAAUAAGAUAUAAUAAAACUGAAUAUUAUCUUGAACAAUUUCGCGCCACUGAAAAUUAUGCAAUUUCAACUAAAAGACUACUUCGAGCUAACGUACUGCCAGCAGGUUUACAUACGUACACCUUUUCCGAAGCAUUACCAACAAUAUGUGGGUCAUCUUGCGUUGAAAAAUUCGGACAUAUAACAUAUGAAGUUUCUUUAACGAUUGAGCGACAAAAUCAUCCCGACAUUGUUUACACAGAACGAAUUUUUGUGCGAAAGCCAAUGGAUUUAAAUUUUUGUCCAGAUGCUUUGAUACCUUUAAAAGCUGAAAGCAUAAAAUAUUUUUGCUGCUGGAAGUUCACUUCAGGACCACUUAUAUCAACUCUCACAUUGCCAUUUAGUGGCUAUGUACCUGACCAAGAAAUUCAAUAUGAACUUGAACUUAACAAUCGAGAAAAUAGCUAUGAUAUAUAUGGUAUAGCACUGGAAUUACACCAAGUUUAUACUUUUAUAUCUCAUACGCCAGAAUAUCUCAUACGUUCACUUAAGAAUACUGUUGCAAAAGCUGAAAAAGAGUUUACAUGCUAUCGCCAACAGAAACAAGUUAUAGAGGGUAGUAUACUGGUACCGAAAGUGCCACCCACUAAAAAUGAUGAGGGCAUUAUUACUAUAGCAUAUUUUUUGAAAGUUUUUAUUAAAGCCGGUGUAUGUCAUAAGGUUGCAGAAAUAGAAGUGCCAAUUAUUAUUGGCACUGUACCAUUGAGACAAAAUGCAAGUAAUCGCGCCAAUGCGACUGCAAUGGCUUUGCCCACUGCGCCAUCGUUAGACACAUCAACACCGUAUACAUCAGAUCUACCACCAAGCUAUGAUUCUUAUGAACCACCCUCUUUUGAGCAAACAAAUAAAAUUAAUGGACCGAAGCAAUCAAAUAUUUCUAAACCACCUGCGCCAUUAUCUGAGGACUCAUCAAGUGCCCCCCUUUUAAAAACUUAAUAAUAAAUUGGACCACAACUGUCCCGAAUAUAUCAUAUACUAUGUAUGUGCUUAUUUAUAUAGUGGCGAAAGAAUGACAGUACUAUCCUACACU